AUGUCUGACAAACAACAUCUCACGCAUGUGGAGACUAUCGGGUCGUCCAUUGACUUGCCCUCACAGUCGCCCACCACCAACUCCAAAAAACAGGAAACCCAACACAUGGAGUUUGCAGGCACAACGGUGUCAGAAACGGACUUUACAACGUCCGCCGUCGGAAGUGACACGAUUGCCAAGUUUCUCGGACUUUCAGAAGAUGCGCGUCAAGCGGACGGUGAAGAAAAGCACAUGUCGUUGUUGCAGGCCAUUCGCCAAUACCCCAAGGCCGCGUUCUGGUCCAUCGUGUUAUCGUCGGCGCUGAUCAUGGAAGGCUACGACGUCACCCUGUUGCAAUCGCUCUACGCGUUGCCAGCUUUUGCCAAGAAAUUCGGCAAUUGGAACCCUGUCGCCCAGGUGUACGAGGUGCCUGCAAGGUGGCAAACCGGUCUUUCCAUGUGCACCAACGUGGGCGAAAUCGUCGGGCUUCAAAUCGCCGGUGUCGUUGCAGAACGCAUCGGCUACCGCCACACCUUGAUCGCCUCGCUAACCAUGGUGUUUUGUUUCAUCUUCAUUUUGUUCUUUGCGCCCUCUUGUGCAGUCCUCGCUGUCGGUGAGGUCUUGUGCGGGAUCCCAUGGGGUGCCUUCCAAACCUUGACUGUGUCUUACGCCACCGAAGUGUGUCCCUUGGCACUCAGAUACUACCUCACUACCUAUGUUAACAUUUGCUGGAUUUUUGGCCAAAUUUUCGCCUCGGGAAUCCUGAAAAACUCUCAAACAAAUCUCCAGCAUUCUGAUCUCGGUUACAAACUGCCUUUUGCACUCCAAUGGAUUUGGCCCAUUCCUAUCGCCAUUGGUAUCUAUUUCGCACCCGAAUCACCUUGGUGGCUCGUCAAAAAGGGUAGAAUGGAACAAGCGGCUCACAGUUUGAGCCGUCUCGUCACGGGUAUUCCAGAAGAAGAAAGAACAACUGUCAUUGACGCAAUGCUCAACAAAAUCCAAUUGACAAUCCAGAAAGAAGAUUCGGCUACCAAAGACGUCACAUACUGGGACUGUUUCAAAGGUGCUGACGGCAGAAGAACAAGAAUCGCAUGUCUCACGUGGGUCACACAGAACGCAUGCGGCAGUGCAAUGAUGGGUUACUCUACCUACUUUUACAUCAAGGCCGGCCUCAGUGAUUCUAUGGCGUUUUCAUUCACCAUUAUUCAGUACUGUCUUGGUCUGAUUGGUACCGUGUUGUCGUGGUUCAUUUCCAAAAAGUACGGUCGGUUUACCAUUUUCUCAAGCGGAUUGAGCAUUCAAGCUGUUCUUUUGCUGCUAAUCGGAGGCUUGGGUUUCAAGCACUCUUCCGGCAGUAGUUGGGCUAUUGGCUCUCUAUUAUUGAUUUUUGUUUUUGUUUAUGACAUUGGCGUAGGCCCAGUGACUUACUGUGUGGUACCGGAAAUUCCCAAUGCAAAGCUAAGAACCAAGACUGUUAUUUUGGCCCGUAAUUUCUACAAUCUCAUGGGCAUUAUCAAUUAUAUUUGGACCCCAUACAUGUUGAACACGGAAGAAUGGAACUGGGGGGCCAAGACCGGCUUGUUUUGGGCUGGCAUCAGUUUGAUCAUGUUGACAUGGGCAAUUUUAGAGAUGCCCGAAACCAAAGGACGCACUUUCAGCGAGAUCGAUGAACUAUUCAAUCUCCGCGUGCCUGCUCGUAAGUUCAAAUCUACCGAGGUCAAUCCAUUCGAUAGCGGUAAGUUGAUGGCCGAAUUAGACGAUGCUCAAAUCGAAAGGAUUGUGAAGAAUGACGAACAAACUAGAAACAGGUUUUUGGAAACCAUUGCAGAGGACUCAGAUUGA